GUAGAAUGUGGCUUACCCGUAAACGCCAGCAUGUUUGCUCAUCUCCAUGCACGCCCCCUGGAUGUCAACCUAGGCCGCCCCUUCCGUUACCAAGACAACAUCACAUAUCUGUGUGACAUAGGAUAUGUGCUGGGGGACGGCAGCAACAAGAUGACACUGACCUGUGGUCAAGAUGGACAGUGGAGUGGGGGACUUCCUGAAUGUCAAGCUGCUAUGUGCAUGGAAGAGCCUGUUCCCAGUGGUGCUAUUGCAGGAACAAAUAACCUGACCUACCAGGCUGUAGGCGAGAUCACAUGUAACGUCUCCGGGGUCCGAAAUGAAACCAUUACUCGUUAUUGUCAGUAUAAUCAAACUUCAGACAGUUACAUGUUCACAGGACAGCCUAUUAGGUGUAAUGUUAUAGACUGUGGGCAGCCAGACACUAUAACAGGAGCCAAUAUAACAGUGGUGUCCACACUGUAUCCUAGCAGCUUUACAGUAACCUGCAAAGAUUUAUACAGCCUUGCUGGAAACAGCAGCAAGUAUGAUAACAUUGUGAGGUGUACAGCUGAUGGGUAUUGGGACUAUGGAGAUCUUCGAUGUGAAGGGGCCACAUGUAGUGACCCAGGGAGGCCUCCAGAUGGCAGACAGGUGGCAGUAGAUACCUAUGAGGAGGGUAAACUGGUUAGAUAUGUCUGUGACAGGCCAGGUUAUGAACCAGACCCUCCAUACCCCUUGCUGUGUGAGGUGGCAGGUUCCAAUCUUACCUGGAAUGCCUCUGCACCUACAUGUGUGGACAGGGAAUCACCAGUGUUUACCUUCUGUCCCGGACCUUUUACUGUGGCUAAGCUUUCUGAACUGUUUACCAUGCCAUUUCCCAAUGCCACAGACAACUCCGGGAUGAUACGGGACAUCCAGGUGUCCCCUGUGGACUUCCAUGGUUACGGGAUGUGGAUAGAGCAGGACAUGAAUGUCACAUACACCGCCUACGAUCACGCUAAUAACACGGCUACAUGUGUGGUUAACAUCAGGUUAAAAGACCAGGAGCCACCGGUCAUCAGCUGUCCUAACUCCACCACCCUGGUCAUCCUGGAGGAGAACAGUCAACUGGUCAUCACACAGGGUGGACAACUGCAGGGUAACUACAGCAGUAUGUUCAUGGCUAUGGCCACAGACAAUGUGACACCUAGAGGUGAGAUGACCUUCACCUACAGUCCACCCUCACAGACCUUGACCUCAGCUAUGGUGGACAAGAGGAUCACUUUCACAGCUACAGCCACUGACAUGGCAGGAAACAAUGCCUCCUGUAGUUAUGAUGUGGUGCCAAAAGCCUCUCCCUGUAGUACAUGGUACCUGCCAACCCCAAAGUUUGGUACCAAGACAUGUACCACCAGUAAUACCACAUCCACCUGUACCACUACAUGUAACAGUGGGUAUGGAUUCCAUGGUGGACAGGCUUCCAUUGUGUAUACCUGUGACACCUCUGCUGACCAGCCAGAAUGGAGCAACAAUGGAACUGUACAGGAUUGCGUAGCCCCUGAGAUCAUGGCCAUCUACACAGCUAUAGUACAAGAAACUGGCUCUAGCACUCCUGGUCUUGUCUACACAACAGUUAAUGCUACAAUCCUCAGUAGCUGUAUCCAGCCCUAUAUCACUGAACUGGACAGUCUUAUAGCCACUGUUGCUGCUAACCUGAGUAAUGUAUGCCAGACUGUAACUGGGUUAUCAAACAUUUACAUAGAACUCAACCAAUCUACAACAAGUUUAGAUGUGGUUGGUCAGCAGUUAACGGUACCUCUCACUUUAAGGAUCUUGCCAUCAAGCUUGCAGAGAGUUAAUGUUUUUGACUGUGUAACUACCUUAAAUAAUCACAUAAGAUAUCUUGAGUCUGGAGCUAUGGAUAGAUUUAUGGCUGCGAGAGCCUUAGGUUUUGUGCCAUCUGUAGGCAGUUGUGGACAACUAAAUCUACCCAGUGGUACACGCUAUGAAGAAGUUGGAGGAUUUAUUUGUCCUAGCAACUUGGUUAGAAAUGACCAACUUUGUCUACCCUGUCCCACUGGAACCUUUCGGGAUGGAGCAGCCUGCACCCCAUGUAGCCCUGGCCAGUACCAGGAUGAACAGGCACAGACUCAGUGCAAGUCCUGUCCUGAGGGGUUCACAUCUUUAUAUGCAGGGAGCAACAGACUGGAACAGUGCAUUGAGUACUGUUCAGAGGGGAUGAUAUCAGAUACAGGGUUGGCCCCAUGUACCAUGUGCCCUGCCGACACUUAUUUCUCUAACCGCACCCACUGCACACCCUGCCCAGUAGGCACCACCACAAAUGGAGUAGAAGGCGCCAAAAACUCGUCAGGAUGCAAGACUGAAUGUAGACCUGGGUAUUUCUCCUACAAUGGGAGAGAGUCCUGUACUGCAUGUCCUCUGAACUUCUACCAAAACAGCACAGGGCAGACGACAUGUUCCCGGUGUUCCACAGACUCCGUCACAACCCAAGUGGCUUCCGAUUCCAUAGACAACUGCACCUCACAAAGUAGCUUGUGUAACAGGAAUGACACGUGUCAAAAUGGUGGCACCUGUACUGUAUUGGGUCAUGUAGAACAGUGUCUGUGUCCUGACGGUUACACAGGGAGGUAUUGUGAGGACACCAUCAAUCCAUGUGAUUCCAGUCCUUGUUUUUAUAACGGUACAUGUGUGCCACUAGGGGGUCUACAGUUCAGGUGUGACUGUUACUCAGCUAUUGUGUGCACUAUGGUUAAUGAGACCAGCAACCAGACCUAUAGUGGUGGGGCAGAUGAAGCUUCAACAGUACCCAGCCUUGCAGCUUGCCGGGAGAAGUGUGUUAAUAGUUCCCAAUGUUCAGCUAUCACCUUCUCUAGUUCCUCUUGCAUCAUCUUUUAUGCCCUCUCUGGAAGAGCUCUUACUGCCUCAAGCCAGGCUGUUGUCACUUUUACCAAAUCAUGUAGGAAUGUUUCAGACUUCAGUGGACAAUUUUGUGAGAGUGAAACUAAUCAUUGUUUGUCAAAUGACUGUCAAAAUGGAGGAAUGUGUCAAGAUUUAGUUGGUGGAUUCAAAUGUUUAUGUCCAUCAAACUCUAUCUAUUCUGGACCAAAGUGCACAGACUCUACCCCAGUGUGUGAUCAGCCAGCCAAUGCCUGUCAGAAUGGCGGGACAUGUCGUCCAAUCUUUGGGAACAUCCGCAGUGUGUGUAACUGUGUGGCAGGAUUCACUGGGAGGAACUCCUUUUGCCCAGAUGGUCAGGAGGGCAAUGGCACCUCAUGUACAGCCUGCCUGAGAGGGUAUUACAAAGACAACUCAAAGUCUCCUCUCUCUAAGUUCCUGCCCUGUGAGCUCUGCCCUAUUGAUAAGAUCACUGCUGGUAAUGGCACCACAAGGGAAACAGACUGUAAUAUUGGUAAUUGUACUGCUGGCUAUUACAUCCAUAGCUCCAACAACAGCUGUGUACCAUGUCCACUGAAUUCCUACCAACCAGACAAAUGGCAGACCAGCUGUAUUCUCUGUCCUGAUAACAAAACUACAGCAACCAUGGCAACCACAGCACUGACAGAGUGCAAAUAUCGCUGUCCCCUGGGUCAGGAAGACCAGUCAGGCACCUGCCGACCCUGUGCCAUAGGAUCCUACAAAGACACUGAUGGCCCUGAGUCCUGCACUCUAUGUAGUAAUGGACGGCUGACCAGGAACCAAGGCUCCACCAAUGAAUCUCAAUGUGACCAAGUAAACUGUCCACCAGGGACAAAGAAUGAGGCCAACACAUGUGCUGUGUGUUCAGUGGGGACUUAUCAGGACCAGAGUGGACAGUAUGCCUGCAUGUCCUGUCCUGUAUACACCAACACUGUCAACAGCAGCUCAACCUCACUGCAGGACUGCCUCAGCCUGUGUAAUGACAGCCUACCCACCAAGUACUGUGAGCAGGGCACUUGUCAGCUGAAGACCACUGGCCAGCCUGAGUGUAUAUGUAACCCCAACUAUGAGGGGGAGUUCUGUCACAUCCAUUCAGAUCUGAGGUCAGAGCUGUCCUUUGAAGCAGUUGUUGGCCUAAGUGUUGGCUUUGCUGCACUACUUACAGUACUGGGGAUAUUUGGCAUCUGUUACUUCUGCUUCAAAGUUAGAAAAACUGGAAAACCUUCAAAGGCCCUAUCAACAGCCUCAAGAAAUGGUUAUUUUUACAAUGGCUAUGGCCCAGAGGAUUGGAACUACUACAAUGGCUAUUACGAUGGCUAUGGCACGCCAGUAGGAGAAAAUGGCUAUGAUAACAGACUAGGACAAACAUCGGAGGCUAUGGCGUCCUACCCAUACCACCGCUCAGCUUACCAAUACUACGAGGACACUGACGGCCAACCGGUGGAUCUUACUGCAUUUGAAGAGACAUUGCACAGUGACUUUACUACUCCAAAAUCCUACUUUUCUAGAUAUAACUAGUCACAUUCUCUUGGCUGCGAUGACCAUGGCAAAAGACAUUUGUUCUAGUUGCAUUUCUCUUUUUUUAUUAAUCCAAAAUCCAAACAAAGUUUAUUUUUAUCUGGAGGGUGAUAUUAUAGAACAGGAGUAAAUUUUGGCUGAAUGCUGCCUCAUUAUCACCUUAUCUAAACUAACAAGAAGAGAGAAAUCCAUAGCUGUUAUCAGACUCAUAAUGAUGACUUAUUAUUGAGUUAUAGACAUGAUGGAUUAUAUCUAACAUAUCCCUGAUGGGAGGUUAUAUGGUUUUUCACUGGUGAAUUUCAUAUCCAGCAUAAACUUGUAUUCCAUAUAUGUAUAAGACGGCAUGGGAAAUAACCUGAAAUACAAUGCUGCAAUCAGAUUUACGGAACAGAUUUGUAUCAGCAAAAGUUACUUAUAUAUUUUUAUGACAGUUUGUGUUGCACUGUUUGCAGUUUUAAACAAUAUCAUGUUUUAUUACUUUUUGUCACAUUAAUUACAUAGCAUUUUUCCAAGGUUUCCAGAGAAAAAUGUGUAUUUUUGUAUGCAGUAUGUAAAGUUCCAUUUUACUGAUAUGUGAUUUCAACAAACAAAACUGCAAUAUGUAAAAUAGCUAUCCAUGAACAUUGAUAUCCAGAUGCUAUGCAGGAUUAGCUAACUGUAAUACAUAUAGUCAAUCUGUAAGAAGUGAAUUUCUAAGUUAUUCAAGGUAUCUCUAUUAAGACAUUUUAUGUCUCUCUUUAUACAGUGUCACAUCAAGUAAAUACCUUUUUUAUGAACAAAUCAAAAUUUACAACAAUUUACUGCAAAUGAUUGUUUCAAUAUUUUUUUAUGUCCUCAUACAUGCACAUUAGAAAUAGAAGUAUUUUAGUAAGAAAAGAUAGAAAACACUUCUGGGGUAGACUUCACAUGUUAAAGUAUUUUUAUCAACAAAUGUAUAAUGCAAGUAAGUAAUUCUGGUAGUUAACUUUUGUAUGGGUAUUUAACAGUAUUAUUUACUUACAAUGGACAUUCCUAAAUAACAUUCCAAAUAAGAUACUAAUAUAUUUUAGUUGUUACACGUAUGACUCAUUAUAGAUAUGAGAAAAGGAUUCAAAUGAAAUUAAUUUUACAUUUAAAGGACAUUGUUUCAGGAAUUGAGAUUUGAAUUCUGAAACCUCGAGUGAGAAUGUUUUAAAAGCUUUAAAAAUAAAAAUACCAUGUCACAGAACUCUAUUUGAUACUGCA